GUGCUCUAGGUAUGCCUCCAUUUUCAUCAACCCCACCUUAAAUCCAUCAUCAUAUGUACCACCAAACCAACAUAUCGGCUAUAAUUUUUCUCUUUCUUUCUAUUUCGCUCAUUGAGUUUGUUAUCAGAGGGUUGUUGGUCUGAGGAUUGGGUGAAAGCUUUGUCAGGAAGGAAAUGGGCAGGAAGUGCUCACAUUGUGGAAACAUAGGUCAUAAUUCAAGGACCUGCACCACUUUCAGAUCUUCUGCUGCAGGAAUGGGAUCAGGUCUUAGGCUUUUCGGUUUUCAACUACAACUGGAUGUAUCUUCACCUUCUGUAGUUUCCAAUCUUAUGAUGAAGAAGAGUUUCAGCAUGGAUUGCUUGUCUUCCUCUCCCUCUCCCUCUCCCUCUCCCUCUCCCUCUUCUUUGUCAUCUUCUAGAGUUUCCAUCGAUGAAAAUUCUGAUAAAACUUCCAUGGGUUAUCUAUCUGAUGGUCUCAUGGGCCGAUCUCCUGACAGAAAAAAAGGAGUUCCAUGGACAGAAGAGGAACACAGAAUCUUUCUAAUAGGGCUGGAGAAGCUAGGGAAAGGAGACUGGAGAGGCAUCUCUAGAAACUUUGUGACAACAAGGACUCCAACCCAAGUUGCAAGCCAUGCUCAAAAGUAUUUUCUUCGACAGGCAACUCUCAACAAGAAGAACCGACGUUCCAGCCUGUUUGACAUGGUUAGAAGCAAUAGCAUGGGUGGACCACCUAGUCUUACUAAAAUCCCUCAACUCGAUUUGCAUCAUCGUCAUCCCAUGCCUGUUGAUUGCAGUGAUUCGCAGACAAAUGUGGCGCCUGAUUUGGAGCUUACACUUGCCGCCCCAAGGCCGGCUUUAGAAGAAAACAAGUCAUCCCCAACAACAACAACUCUCCUUAUUAGACCCAUUAGUGUUACUUGACAACUUUUCAGUUCAUGCUGAUAAAGAUGAACACAGUACUAUAGUAAUCAGUAGUAAUUAUUUAAUUAAUUAAUCCUUGUUAAUCAUAAUUAGUAGUAUUCCUUUCAUUCAUCAUCCAUGAUUGAAGAGAAUGCGAAUUAGCUUAUAUUAUAUACUCAGUUAAUUAUAAAGUCACAAAUGGCAGCAAGUGGUGAGUUUUAGACAUUAUUGUAUUACUGAUAUGAUAACAAAUUAGCGCAUCUUUUACUCCAUCAUCUCCUUCAAUGAAAAGCCAGAAAUUUUGUAUCA